UCCUACCUAGAAAACCGCCGCAGCCCUCAACCAUUUCGUCGUCCUCCCGAGAGUUUGAAUCAAACCGCCCCCGCUGCCGGCCGGGAGAGACAGCGCGAAGCCGCCACCGCCGCCGCAGCCGCAGCGAUGGCUCGCACCAAGCACGCGGCCGUGAAGAAAUCGAAGGAGCAGCCCAAGAAGAAGCUCCAGUUCGCGCGCUCCCCGCACCGGAGGGCGACGCCGACAGGUGGGGCGAGCACCUCGGGGACUCCGGGGAGGGCUGCGGGGACCGGGGACGGAGCAGCGGCUGGAGCAGGUACGCCGGGGCGGCAGCAGCAGAGGGUGAAGAAGCCCCACCGCUGGAGGCCAGGGACAGUAGCACUGCGAGAGAUCAGGAAGUACCAGAAAUCCACUGAGCUGCUUAUCCCCUUUGCGCCAUUCGCCCGUCUGGUGAGGGAGAUCACUGACUUCUACUCAAAGGGCAAGGUAACGCGCUGGACCCCGCAAGCGCUCCUUGCGAUGCAAGAGGCAGCAGAAUUCCACCUGAUCGAACUGUUCGAAGUAUCAAAUCUUUGUGCCAUCCACGCCAAACGUGUUACUAUCAUGCAAAGGGACAUACAGCUUGCAAGGCGUAUCGGGGGAAGGUUUUGGUGAAUGGUGAUAGACUAAUCAUAUGUUUUUGUGGACCCUACUGCCUGAUGUAGGACAUGAAAUAUGUGUGGUUGGUCUUAGCAUCUUCGAGUGUAAUGUAGAUGUAUCUUAAUCCAGGGAGCAGCUUAUCGUCAAUCUGAUUUGCUAGGUGGCUUUUGGAGCAGCCUGACAUUGGCUAAGAUUCAGUAGAUUUUAUGACUCGUUUGUAAUUCAAGUGAUUAUUUGACAUGUUCAGAUGAACUGGUUCCUAGGAGUUAUGGUGUCAAUGAAUGUUUGCAUGGAAUAAUUUGUUUCAGGUAGCAUUCAAGAUAUUCAGACUGAAGUAUCGGUUUUUGGUCCAUGCGCCUCUGAUAUGUUUCUAUUCUGAUGAAUGUUACUCGGAUGAUCUGUUAACAUGCAGACAGAUACACAAUGCUGA